AUGACGCUCCGCCGGCUCAAGGUUCAACCAACCACCUCCAUUCAAGAGGAUUCAGAGCAACCAGGUGGAGGGCUCAAUGUGAUUCCUGCAGUAUACCACUGGAUAGCGACGUAUUGGCACCGAAGUCAGAUUGGACACCGGAGCGAGUACUCCGUCGAGCGGCUCCUAGCUUUCCGAGAUUACCACCGACGCGCCUCAAUCGCCCGCGUCGUUGCUGUUUGUAUACUUGCGCCAAUUCCUGCUGUGUGCGUGGCGCUGCUGAUCGACUCCACGCCACUGAAGCCUCCUAGCGACGGCUGGCGAGCCAACUCGACCUUCUUCCUGCGUUGGUGUGCUGCUUCAUUUUUUGUUGCGAUCGGUGCUACGGCUCAACUUCGAGAAGUCAUUGUACCCGGGACCCUCUCCGCCAUAGGCGCAGUAUUGAUCGCUAUCGGAACUGCCGUCGUCCACAUUUCCGUCGUGAUCGCUGUCACAGCGAAUUGGCGCUUUCCGAUUCCUUUUGGCUAUGUUCUCCUUAUCGGGCCCUUCAUGAUGAUCUACUGGAGCAUCACAGUGCUGGUUAUCGGGCCCCGCGUAAUUGCCAACUCGAAAAUACUCCGUCACCAGAUGAAAACCCAGUUCAUGAUUGUCUCGGCGCACGGACUAGUGACGAGUACCUACCCUAUUGUUACUGCGAUAUUCCACCGACUUUCAGGCCCCCAGCAAAUCGCCUUCGUGUUCGUUAUGCCCUGA